UGGAGAACUCUCAGACUUGAGGCAGAAAUAUGGAUGAAAACGAAGAGUUUGCCUUUUCUUUACAAGACAGCAAGGCAGCAUACGUACUCAGCAAUGUCGCAGAAGUUGUUGAGCGAAUUCUGACCUUCGUACCAACCAGGUCGCUUCUCCGCAUCGCGAGUGUGUGCAGGCUGUGGAGAAACUGUGCCCGCAGAGUGCUCAGGACUCAGCAGCAGCUCACCUGGGUGUCUGCAUGUGGACCUUCAGACGCAGAGGUCCAUGCUCUCUGCGGGAUCCUGGCUGAGGAGGUGGAGAAAGUGUAUCUGCUGCCUAAAACAGUUCUGGCAAUGGUAGACUGUGAGGCCUUCAAAGGACAAGCCUAUUGCUACAGACAGAAUAAAGCAAAGAAGAGUCGACAGAGUGUGGAAACGGUUGACGAACUGACCAUGGUCUUCCCAAAAGGAUGUGAAAUCAUGGGCAUUGCUUCACCAGGCAUCGUCUUGACUCCCAGUGGCCCUUCCUCCGGCCCUCCUCAGGAGUACCAGGAGGGGGAGGCAGGCUUUGCAGUUAUGUUCCCCAGCAUGGAAGGUGUCAAAAUCAAGCCCUUUCAUUUUUGCAAGAAGUCAAUCACCCCAACCUCCCUGCAAGAAGCUGGACUAGUUGACAACCCAGACCUUCGGGUUGUACUGAUGUUUGUCUAUGAGGCCUAUAAACCUGGAGGAGCACGCUUCCUCAGCCAGAUACUGGAGCCGCUGGCCAAGAGCAAAGCUCUAAUUGCUGGAGGGCUUGUAGACAGUGUUUUCUCUCCUACCAGACAAUGCUGUAGCGAGGGUGCAUACGGGGUGAUGGGCCUGGCUCUGAGUGGCCCUAAGGUGCAGGGUGCAUCUGUGCUCUUGGACCAAGACAUCACCAACCCGAAGGAAGCUGAAGCCACAAUUCGGAGGCUAAAGGCAGCCAAAAUCCCCGAAAGAAACACCAUAGGGUUCAUGUUUGCCUGCGUCGGCAGAGGCCAGAAUUACUACAACAACCAGGCAAAUGUAGAAGCUGACGCCUUCCACAAGGUGUUCCCCAACACCCCACUCUUCGGCCUGUUCGGCAACGGCGAGAUCGGCUGUGACCGGAUCGUCAAAGACGACUACACACUGUGCGACACUGACACGGACUGUCUGCAGCACGAGUACACUACUGUCAUGACCCUGGUGCAUCUGGGCUGAGUGAUGGAAGCUCCUGUUUGUAAAGACAGGCGGGAACAAGAAGCAUUCUGUAAAGCGUGUUAAACACGUUGCGACUCCGAGGAAAAUAAUCCCUUUAGCCAUCUGUGUAAUGGCAUCAUUUGGGAAAUGAUGUCCCUCAGAGACUGUGUGUAAACAAAGCUUUGUGUCAAACUAUCGGGUUUCACAAAGUUCAGAUUUAAAAAAGAGAACUGAUCAUCUCUUUUUACAUUCAAAAGUGAUGGGGCACUCUUAUCAAAUAUAUGUGUUUAUAUUUACCCUAAACUUCGCACACAUUCAAGGCAUAUCUUACCCUCUGACAUCACCCUCAUGGUGUGUUUGCUUUUCAGGUGAGUGAGUUAUGUACACUUGUGAGACCCACAAGCUAUUGUUCUAGUUAUUGAUUAUACGGAGGCACUUUUUAUUUAUGUAAAUAAGACAAAUAUGGUUCAUCUUCCACAAAAUCAAGGUGGUCUUGAUUUAAAUGCUCUUCCUUGUCAUGUAGCUUUUACACUUAAGAUUUUUACACUUUGUCUUACAAACGGGGGAAAAAAGUAUUAGCCUAUGAAUAAGUACAAUUUUUAAAGGUAUCUAUUUACCUUGGUUCCACUGGGCACAGGGACAUCAGUCUGAACCCAACAGUGCCUCUUUUUGGACCACAUGUCAGGCCAUUUCUCCUGCUUCCUCGUUCCAGUAGAUAUUGCUUGGGCUUGGUGGUUCCUUCAUCCUCCCAAGUUAUUAAAAUUUGUUAGAAAAAUUCAUCUGAAAACAGAAGAGGAAACAGGGUGGCUGCCCCUGAUGGCCCUGAUGGUUGAGUGAUGCCUAAUAGGAGAAAAUCUCAACUUCACCUUAACUUACAGUUCACUGUAGUUUGUCUUUAACUUUAGGAAACGGUUUGAAAAUUGAAGAUAUCCUGACCAAGGUCAGAAAAGUUUUAUUUGGCAUUCAUCUCUGGAAAAAAAGGUACCUUUUCUUUUUGAAAUCUUGAUAGCAUAGCCUGAAACUACCUAGUUACUUGUAAAAAAAAAAAAAAAAAAAAAGAGAAAUUGUGCAGACAGUACUUUAAAGCAGAAUACAAGUCUCUGUAAAUAUCCAUUACUGUAUCGGUUUUCCAAAAUGCUGUCAUUGAUUUUUUUUUCCUUUUUUAAGGAGAAUAUGCUGAUGACCUGAAGGUGCAAUUUCCAGUUUAAAUAUAUAUUGGUCAAAGAGUUUUUGGUGUUCAGCUUCUCUAUGUAUUGCAACACUUACUGUUUUUAAAAAUUGAAUUACACAUCAUUAACAUUUUCCUUUGUAUUUUUUGAAAAAAAGAAUUAAAGCGUAUUUUAAGUUAGUGCUUACAGCAAAUUGAACAAAACGUUUUGGUGUUUAUGCACUUUUCUACAUGUGCCAAAUCAUAUCUGUUCUGCUCAUUUCCUCAAUAAAUUACAAACAUCCAAUA